CUCCUCUUCUUCUAAUUUUGAAGAUCGAGUCGAUUUUAGAAAGUGAGGAAUUUGUGUCACUGUUUCCAUGGAAAAUUUCUCAGACGAAAAGGGGGAGAUGGCUGGUGAGCAGCAGCCUCUCGUGGAAACUUCCGCUCCUUAGCCUCAGGGUGGUGGCUUAACAACUCUGCCCUUCAUUGCUGGAAAUUUGGCAUUGACGAUUAUGGUGACUAGUGGGUUAGCUCCCAACAUGAUUCUGUAUCUGAUGAGGGAGUAUCAAAUGGAUAUGGCUAGUGGAUCCAAUGUACUGUAUUGGUGGAGUGCAUCUUCUAAUAUCACCCCUGUUAUCGGAGCUUUUAUGGCAGAUUCAUUUGUGGGCCGGUUUCAAAUAAUUACCAUGGGAUCUGUUAUUAGCCUUGUGGGAAUAUUUCUCUUUUGGCUAACAACUGUUAUACCGCAAGCAAGGCCCCCUCCCUGCUUGGUUUCGAACAACAAUACUUGCAGUUCUGCAACAGCGCUCCAACUUUUUCUUCUAUUUACCUCUUUUAUUCUCGUGUCAAUUGGUUCUGGAGGGGUAAAAUCUUCUUCGUUGGCGUUUGGCGUUGAUCAGUUAAAGAAUGAGGGUGUGAAAAUGGAGAGAUACUUUGGGUGGUACUAUGCUAUUACCUUAGUGUCUGGCCUCGUUGCCAUGACUUGUCUGGUUUAUAUCCAAGAGAACAUGGGGUGGGAAAUCGGCUUUGGAGUUCUUCUUCUGCUUAUGCUCUUUGCUGCUGUUUUAAUCUUUCUGGGUUCCCCUUUUUAUGUGAAACCAAAGCCCAAAGGAAGCUUAAUCACAGGGUUAAUUCAAGUGAUUGUAGCUUCUUAUAGAAAGAGAAGUAUUGUGCUUUCAUUUGCCAAUGGUGGAGGUAUAGCAUACCAUCAAGAAGGUACCAUGUUACGUCUCCCAAGUGAAACACUGAGGUUUCUUAAUAAAGCUUGCAUCAUACAAGAUCCCCAUCAAGAUCUGAACUCAGAUGGAAAAGCAGCAGAUCCAUGGAGUCUUUGUACAGUAGAUCAAGUAGAGGAGCUGAAAGCAAUCCUAAAGGUUAUCCCAAUAUGGGUUACUGGUGUUAUAAUGAGCAUAAAUAUCAGCCAAGGUUCUUUUGACACCCUUCAAGCCACCACUGUGGAUCGCCAUAUAAUAGGCUCAAGCUUUGAAAUUCCAGUAGGCUCCUUGGGAAUUUUCGCAUUCGUUUCUAUAGUAAUUUGGCUUGUGUCAUACGAACGAGCUAUUAUACCCAUUGCUUCAAGAAUCAUGGGAAAGCCGGCUCGUUUCAGUACCAAGACAAGAAUGGGAUGUGGGAUCUUUGUAUCUUUCCUAUCCGUCGUGGUGGCAGCCAUUGUGGAGACGGUUAGGCGGAGCCUCGCAAAUAAGGAGGGAUACUCGGAGGACCCAGAUGGUAUAAUCGAGAUGUCGGUAUUGUGGCUAGUGCCACACUUGUUGCUUGUAGGCAUUGCAGAGGCCAUUAAUGCAGUUGCCCAAAACGAGUUCUUCGUAUCAGAGUUCCCCCAGAGCAUGGCGAGCAUAGCGUCCAAUCUUCUCGGGCUGGGGUUCGCUGCAGGGAGCGUAGCGGCCAGCUUUCUGAUGAGUGCUAUCAAUGACAUGACUGAAGGAGGCGAAAGUGGGAGCUGGAUAUCCAGCAACAUAAACAAGGGUCACUAUGACUACUAUAAUUGGAUUCUUGCCGGGUUAAGCAUGGCUAAUAUGUUGCUUUUCUUCUUUUGUAGCCGGGCUUAUGGCCCCUGCCGGGAAGAGAAUGACCUAAACGCGGUUGUGGAAGUAGAGGGGGAGUCCUAAACUAGUACUGUAUCAAGCAAGUUAAAGCCUUCAUAUCCCCUGUAAAUCAUUACAUAUAAGAUUGACAUGUAUAUGCCUAGGCAUAAUGGAUAAGUAAAUUUUUGUUAGUUUGUAGUUUAUUUAGUUGUAGUAGCAGCCUAUAGACUAAGUGCACUGCACUAUCAUAUUGAGCAUUAUAAUAAGAUGAUGAUAUAUUGUA